AUGUCACAAAUCGACUUGAUAUGGGAAGGUUAUAUCGCUGGCAAGCAGCUCGAAGUCCUAGUUCAGUCUUUUGACAACAGGAACACAGGGACAUCUAUCAUUGGAACAUUAGCACACUCUCCAAGGAGCUCACCGCACGCGAUAGUCAUGGUGAUAGUCAUGGUGAUAGUCAUGGUGAUAGUCAUGGUGAUAGUCAGGGUGAUAGUCAUGGUGAUAGUCAGGGUGAUAGUCAUGAUGAUAGUCAUGGUGAUAGGCGUUUCUCAAACUAAAGGGAACGAUGUCCAAUCAAGGGGUACUCGACUUAGUCAAUCAAGGGGUACUCGACCUGGUCAAUCAAGGGGUACUCAACCUAGUCAAUCAAGGGGUACUCGACUUAGUCAAUCAAGGGGUACUCGACCUGGUCAAUCAAGGGGUACUCGACCUGGUCAAUCAAGGGGUACUCGACCUGGUCAAUCAAGGGGUACUCGACCUGGUCAAUCAAGGGGUACUCGACCUAGUCAAUCAAGGGGUACUCAACCUAGUCAAUCAAGGGGUACUCGACCUGGUCAAUCAAGGGGUACUCAACCUAGUCAAUCAAGGGGUACUCAACCUAGUCAAUCAAGGGGUACUCGACCUGGUCAAUCAAGGGGUACUCGACCUAGUCAAUCAAGGGGUACUCAACCUAGUCAAUCAAGGUGUACUCGACCUGGUCAAUCAAGGAGUACUCGACCUAGUCAAUCAAGGGGUACUCAACCUAGUCAAUCAAGGGGUACUCGUCCUGGUCAAUCAAGGGGUACUCGACCUAGUCAAUCAAGGGGUACUCGACCUAGUCAAUCAAGGGGUACUCGACCUAGUCAAUCAAGGGGUACUCAACCUAGUCAAUCAAGGGGUACUCGACCUGGUCAAUCAAGGGGUACUCGACCUAGUCAAUCAAGGGGUACUCGACCUAGUCAAUCAAGGGGUACUCAACCUAGUCAAUCAAGGGGUACUCGACCUGGUCAAUCAAGGGGUACUCGACCUAGUCAAUCAAGGGGUACUCGACCUAGUCAAUCAAGGGGUACUCGACCUAGUCAAUCAAGGGGUACUCGACCUGGUCAAUCAAGGGGUACUCGACCUAGUCAAUCAAGGGGUACUCGACCUAGUCAAUCAAGGGGUACUCGACCUAGUCAAUCAAGGGGUACUCGACCUAGUCAAUCAAGGGGUACUCGACCUGGUCAAUCAAGGGGUACUCGACCUGGUCAAUCAAGGGGUACUCGACCUGGUCAAUUUUUUUUUCAAGGAGCAAAUACAAAUGUUGUAGUUAUAAACACAUGUAUGAAUAUGAAUCAAGUCAGAUGA